CCGAAAUUUGUUCGGUUCAGCGUUGAAGACUUGAAGUCAUUAAUAAUGAAGGAAGAAAAAAAAAAAAACAGUUCCUAGGGAUAAAAAGUACCAUUCCCUCUCACCUUCACCCCUUGCCCUGAAAAAAAUGUAAAAGAAAUCUACAAAUAUAAAAGAUGACCUUGAGCCUAUACUAUAAGUUCAUAACUGACUCAAUCUGUUUUCUUUCUUUUUCUACUUCACCAUUAACUGUGAGAUAGAGAAAUUAUAGUGAGCUAGAAAUCUGUCCCUGCCAUGGUGGAUCGUGGUCAAGAGAAAACUAUACCAGCUGCUAUUGACUUAUCUCUGAAGAAGAAGGAGCUUCUUUCUAGUGCCAUGAAGAGAACAAGUGAAUGGAUUUUUUCUCAGGAGAUUCCAAGUGAUGUCAAUAUUCGAGUUGGAGAAGCUUCCUUUUCUUUACAUAAGUUUCCAUUAGUCUCCAAGUGUGGAUACAUUAGGAAGCUCGUCUCAGAAUCUAGCGAUGCUAACGUUUCCUUCAUCGAACUCUCUGAUGUUCCUGGUGGAGGAGAAGCAUUUGAACUGGCAGCAAAAUUCUGCUACGGGAUAAUUUUCGAAAUGAACGUUGAAAACAUUGCUAUGCUUCGCUGCGUGGCUGAGUAUCUUGAGAUGACAGAGGAUUAUUCACUUGGAAACUUGGUGGGAAAGACUGAUACUUAUUUGAAUGACGUGGCACUCAAGACCAUUGCGGGGGCUGUGUCUAUCCUACAUAUGUCAGAGAACCUCCUUCCAAUAGCAGAGAGAACCAAAUUGGUGAGUCGAUGCAUAGAUGCCAUUGCAUAUAUGGCCUGUAAAGAAAGCCAAUUCUGUUCAUCUGCAAGAAGUGACAAUGGCUCUGAUGGAGUGACCUCUUCCAUGGCAUCUCACCAGAGGCCAGUAGUUGACUGGUGGGCUGAAGAUCUUGCUGUCCUCAGAAUUGACAUUUUCCAUAGAGUUCUAAUCGCAAUGCUGGCAAGAGGUUUUAAACAGUAUGCUAUUGGCCCUAUUCUAAUGCUCUAUGCACAGAAAUCUCUACGAGGUUUGGAUAUAUUUGGAAAGGGAAGAAAGAAGAUUGAGCCACGACAGGAGCAUGAAAAGAGGGUUGUUUUAGAGACAAUAGUUAGCCUUUUGCCAAGGGAAAGGAAUGCAAUGUCAGUAAGCUUUCUUUCUAUGCUGCUUCGGGCAGCAGUAUAUCUUGAGACAACAGUUGCUUGCAGGCUUGAUUUGGAGAAGAGGAUGGCUAUGCAGUUAGGACAGACUGUUUUGGAUGAUCUUCUCAUUCCUUCCUAUUCAUUUACUGGGGACACAUUGUUUGAUGUGGAUACAGUGCAGAGGAUCAUGGCUAAUUACUUAGAAUCUCAAAUGGGAAACCAUUUAGUCUACAAUGCAGAUGCUGAAUACUUUUCUUCUUCACAAAGUGAUAAGGAGUGGGUUGGAAAGCUAAUGGAAAAUUACCUUGCUGAAAUAGCCACCGACCGAAAUUUACCAGUUCCAAAGUUCAUCAGUCUGGCUGAAUUAAUUCCUGAACAAUCAAGGCCAACAGAAGAUGGGAUGUAUAGAGCCAUAGACAUCUAUCUGAAGGCUCAUCCUUCUCUAAGUGACAUGGAUAGAAAGAAAGUUUGCAGCGUGAUGGACUGUCAGAAGUUAUCACGAGAGGCCUGUGCACAUGCUGCUCAAAAUGACCGGCUUCCUGUCCAAACUGUGGUUCAAGUUCUCUAUUAUGAACAGCAAAGGCUUAGGGACGCCAUGAAUGGCAGUGGAAGUGGGGAAUCUCCUUCGGCUCAUACCAAGCUGAAUGUAUACUCCGCUGAUCUUCAUCCAGUUUCAAAUGAGCUCUCCAGCUUACGAAGAGAAAAUGAAGACUUGAAAUUAGAGCUAGUGAAAUUGAAAAUGAAAUUUAAAGAGAUUGAGAAUUCCACACUUAAAUCAGCAGUUAACAGUCCUGUAGUAAAUCCUUCACCUUCUGCUGAUAAGCCACCUCUGCCUCGAAAAUCAUUCAUAAGCUCGGUGUCCAAAAAACUUGGUAGGCUUUCUCCUUUUCUACGUGCCGAUGGUGUCACACCUUUUGCCAAAGGUCGCACUAAACCAAAUAAGAAUCGACGCCACUCCAUUUCCUAAGGCCAUUGGUAGUUCCUGGUCUCCACCGGACAUUGUGCAGACUACAGGUUCUUCCUUAGUUUCAGACGCUUGAAAAAACAGAACUAGUCUUUCCUAGUUUUUGCUUCAUCUGUGUGAUCCUCAUGUAGAUUAUAUUAUCGUGAUCCUUCAGUAAGAACUAUAUUGUAAAGGGUGGUGAAAAAUAAAAUAUAAUUCCUGAGUUAGAUUGAUUGCAGUCCUGCUGUUGAGUGGCAAUAAUUCUGUAGUGCAAGAAUAAUAAAUUGAGUUUAACAUUGAUGGUCGAUGGAAGAAUCAUCACAUUUCUCCUAUCAGUCGCGUAAAUGUCAGUUAACAAUAU